CGUCAGUAGGUGGUGAACGCGGCCACUCAGUGUUGUGUUGAGAAGGUUGCAGCUGUUGCAGGGGAGGACGCCGCCUGGCUCUCAGAUCCAAAGCCACUUAGCCUUUAUUUUUGUGUUCACAAAGGCUUAUAAUAAAACAGUGACCUCGUUGUAAUGGAGAUAGCACGCUCCCUUUUUGGGACCCGUGCCCCAGAUGGUUACUCAGAUGGUACAACCCACAUCCACAUUGAUACUGCUGCAGAUGAUGAGGAUAAUGAUGAUGUGUUUCUGCCAGAUACUCCUGAGGGACUGAGCACAGGUAUAAGAAUUGGUAGUGGUGUGACUGAGCCAUGCAGCGGAGGCCCCUUCUCUGCCAUUACUCCCUCCAUGUGGCCACAGGACAUCCUCACAAAACUCUCGCAACAAGACCAUCACCAUGACCCUAAUCAUCAGCCUGAUUACCGAUUCGACGAGUUUGGCUUUCGAGUGGAAGAAGAAGAUGGACCUGAGCAGAAUAGUAAGAAACUCCUCAGUCAGCCUUUUGUUGAGGAUCCCCAACACAGAUUACAAUGGAUAGCUUAUUUAGAGUUCAGUCACAGUGAUGAAGUUGGCGAGCUUACCUGGGACCAUGUGGAUGUACGAUUACCUAGAACAGAUAAGCUGCGUGGUAUGGUCAAGGCUGGAGUACCACAUUCCCUUCGUCCACAACUGUGGAUGAGGCUAUCUGGAGCUCUUCAAAAGCAGCAGCAGUCGGACAUCUCUUACCGGGAGGUGGUAAAAGCUUCCAGUAAUGAUGCACUCAUGACGAGUAAACAAAUAGAAAAAGAUCUGUUACGCACCAUGCCUUCCAAUGCUUGCUUCUCCCAGCUCACUUCCACUGGCAUCCCACGUCUGAGACGAGUACUACGCGCACUUGCCUGGCUCUACCCAGACAUUGGGUAUUGCCAGGGCACAGGGAUGAUUGCUGCAUCCCUCCUGCUAUUUUUGGAGGAGGAGGAAGCAUUUUGGGUGAUGUGUACAACUGUAGAGGACCUCCUCCCAGCAUCUUACUACUCCUCCACACUUCUGGGCGUGCAGGCGGACCAACGAGUGUUGGCAGCGCUGGUCUCCACUUACUUACCAGGAGUGGAGUCGGUGGUACGGGAACAUGACAUAGAACUAUCGCUCAUCACCUUACACUGGUUUGUCACCGUCUUUGCUUCAGUUUUGCACAUGAAGAUCCUCCUAAGGGUAUGGGAUCUAUUCUUCCUUGAUGGAUCAAUUGUCCUCUUCCAAGUCACUCUUGCCAUGCUUAAGAUUAAAGAAGCAGACCUUCGUAGCUUGGAAAAUUCGGCACAGAUAUUUAAUGCCCUGUCAGAUAUCCCAGGUGAUGUCGAUGAUGUGGAGUGUUUGUUUAAGGUAAUGGAGAAUGUAUGUGGAAGCUUAACUGAUGUAAUGGUAGAAACCCAUCGUCGACGACACCUUGCUUACCUCAUGGCAGAUCAUGGAGCCCUUAUCAAUCCAGACCACUCGACCAAUCUUCCCAAACAACAUCUUAAUAGACGACAGGUGAACAAAAGUAAAUCCAUGCUGGAGAUAAUAUUGUUUGGAGAGGAUAGAAAUGCAGACAACCUUCGGAACAAGAACAUUCGGCAGACGGAGCUGCUCGUUGACUUGAGGGAAGCAAUACUUCAAGUUGGUAGACACUUUCAAGGUAUUGAGCCAAACUUCACUUCUGCCACACUCACACCAGACUAUUCCUUGGAGUCUCAUGCACAUGAUCUUCCCAAUUUUUUGGCUACAGCAAGAUCAAGACACAGACGAGCUAAAGCAUUGCUUGGUAAGAAGCAUGAUCAGAAUGAGUGCAUGUGGAUAAUGAGUUCUGUGCAAUCAUCCCUACAAAUUCUCAAGACAGUUGUGUUCUUAGUGGUCCUACAAAACUGA